GUCAAAGUCAUACAUCGUUUAUUCGUUUCAAUAUCUAAUAGAAUGUCAACAAGCCACCAUCUGAUAUAACAAAAAAAAAAAAACAAAAAUUGGAAAGUGAGGAAAAAAAUUGUAAAUGUGUUUAAAUUUGAGUAUAUAAACGUAGACUCGACGAGCUAAGAAAAUGUUUAUGUGUAAGGUAAAAGGACUUUUAUGCAAAUCAUAUUUUAUUAAACCUGCAAUGCGAUAUGCGCACGAUGAUUGUGCGAAGGUAUUAUACCCCUUAAAUAGCAGAAGACUGCUAAAAAUUGGUGGCGCAGAUUCUGCGGAUUUCCUUCAGGGCCUCGUCACUAACGAUAUGAAUCAUUUUGCUGAAGGAGCCCGGUCUAUGUAUGCCAUGUUCCUGAAUAGCAAGGGUAGAAUUCUAUACGAUACUCUUAUUCACAAAUGGGAAGACGAAAAUGCUUUCAUGAUUGAAUGCGAUCACAGUGUCCUGGCCUUACUGAGAAAACAUUUGCAAAUGUAUAAAUUAAAAAGAAAAGUUGAAAUAGGAGACUUAAGUUCAGGUUUUCAACUAUGGGCAUUGACAGUACCUCCAACCAUAGAUUUAGAAAGUACAACUGAUGCAUCUGAUAUUCAACAUAACAUAAGCAUGUACAAGGAUCCUCGUUUGGAGGAUCUGGGCUAUAGAAUAAUAACUACCACUAAUGUGGAUCAAUUUGACUUAAAAGAAGUAUUUGGGAAAGAUACAGUCUUGGAAAAUGAUGAGACAGGAUAUAAAUAUUUGAGAUAUAAGCUAGGGGUAAGUGAAGGGGCUGAUGACCUGUUCCCUGGGGCUAGCUUACCACUAGAAGCUAACUGUGACUAUCUGCAUGGAGUUAGUUUUCAUAAAGGUUGUUAUAUUGGUCAAGAAUUGCUAGCUCGUGUAUAUCAUACAGGAGUUGUAAGGAAAAGAAUAAUGCCAAUAAAGUUUGUAAAUGUAAACUCAGUGGACGGUCUCGAGAGAGAUGCUGAAAUUAUAUCAGUUGAUGAUGGAACCUCUAAUGUUGGAAAAUUAAAAAGUUAUGCUUUCAAUUGUGGGUUAGGUUUAGUGAGGAUAAAGGAGGCUCUAGCUGCUCAAACUCUUUGUGUUGGUCCACACACUAUUGAAAUUGUAAAACCGGCAUGGUGGCCUGCUGAAGCUCCCAAGGAAAAGGUUAAGCCAACCACAACAUCUCAAGAAGAUGAAGAAGCUGUUAAUGAAAAUGUAUACAUAUAAGUAACAAAACAAUUGUACAAUGAGAUGGAGAUUAUGAAUGAGACCAGGCUAUAUCAAAUAGAAGUUUAAACUAAAUAUUGUAACAGAAGAAAUCAUAAUCCUUCUGUGAAAGAUGGCUGACGAUAAGAAACCAAAGGAAGAGGUGGUGC